CUCAAUCUUUUUUUCUAGCUAUUACGCUGUCCUGUAUCCAAUGGUGUACCCCAUGAAGAUCACAGGGAACCGAGCCGUGAUGGCUCUUGUCUACAUCUGGCUCCACUCCCUCAUUGGUUGCUUGCCACCCCUAUUUGGUUGGUCAUCGUUGGAGUUUGAUGAGUUCAAGUGGAUGUGUGUGGCUGCGUGGCACCGGGAGCCUGGCUACACUGUCUUCUGGCAGAUCUGGUGUGCCCUGUUCCCCUUUCUCAUCAUGCUAGUAUGCUAUGGUUUCAUCUUCCGUGUGGCCAGGGUCAAGGCCCGAAAAGUGCACUGUGGCUCUGUGGUCAUUGUGGAGGAGGAUGCCCAGAGGACCGGGAGGAAGAAUUCUAGUACCUCCACUUCCUCCUCAGGCAGCAGGAGGAAUGCCUUUCAAGGCGUGGUCUAUUCAGCUAACCAGUGCAAAGCCCUCAUUACCAUUCUUGUGGUCAUUGGCGCCUUCAUGGUCACUUGGGGCCCCUACAUGGUUGUCAUUACCUCAGAGGCACUCUGGGGGAAGAACUAUGUCUCCCCAACCCUGGAGACUUGGGCCACAUGGCUGUCCUUUACCAGUGCCAUCUGCCACCCUCUGAUCUAUGGACUCUGGAACAAGACUGUUCGCAAGGAGCUCCUGGGCAUGUGCUUUGGGGACCGUUAUUACCGGGAACCAUUUGUGCAGCGACAGAGGACCUCCAGGCUCUUCAGCAUUUCCAACAGGAUCACAGGUAAUUUGGGAACCUGUUAG